AUGGGUCAAUACAUGUUUGGAUCCUUGUCGGAUCGAGUGCUGAAGGAAGUGGAAGAAAAGCAAAAACAAGCCAUGAUUCAACAACAAUUAAUUAAAUUAAAAAGUAUGAAACGAAGGAGAGAUUAUGAAAUUGCAACAAGGAUGGCUACAACAAGGGAUCGAGUGUGGUGGUUGGGAGGAUUUUAUACGGUUAUGGGAAGUGUUUCUUUUGCAAGAAUGAUUUAUCUGAGACGGUUUGAUCCAUUACCACUCAAUCAUUUACCAUUUCUCAUAGUUCCAUUUUGGAUGACCUAUUUAGUGGAUUUUGCAUAUGGAACUAAGGCAAAUAGAAUUGACAGAGAAGCACGAAAAAUUCUCACCCAAGAACAAGGCCACUGGUUUAACGAACCCAUAGAAAUACCCGAAUUGUUAAAACCGCAUUAUCACAGAAUAUUUGAAGAGAAUAAUCGAAAAUUAAUUGCAGAAGGCAAGGAGCCUGAGAAACAUUGGGCAAAAUAA